AUGAAGCGAAUUUUCCUCUCAUCCUCUUUGUGCUUGUCCAAGCAAAAGGCUUUGCUGCCAACAACAACGAGCAGAAUGGUUCCAUCAUCACAUAUGAGUCAUCAGGCCAUGAUGAUGUUUCAACAACAAUACCAUCAACAAAAUUUUUCAUCAAAUCAAAGCAUGAUGAUGCCAUCCACUUCAUCAUCGGACGGUGCGAAUAUUCCAGAGCCUCAACUUUUAUAUGAACGCUUCAGAAACGUAAAGAAGCCCCUCAAAAAGAAGGCAUCCUAUGAGCAAUUUGUUCAAACUGAAAACAAAAAAGUAGAGGAUAUUUCCCUAACAAAUUUAAAGCUUCCUACACCACUCAAGAAGAAGAGAAGAGUAGGUAGAGGUGCUGGAUCCGGUAGAGGAAAGUACUGUGGAAGAGGUAGAGGUGGUAUAUACUCACGUAGUGGUAUUAAUUUACCUAUUGGUUUUGAAGGAGGACAAACACCACUUUGGAGACGUAUUCCAAAGUUUGGAUUCCGUAAUGGCAAAUUCAAACUUGAUUAUCAGGAAGUGAAUUUAGAGCAAAUUCAAUAUCUCAUUGAUUCAGGACGUAUUGAUAUCAGCGAUGGAAAAACAAUUACAAUGAGAACUUUGAAAGAAGCAGGUUUAAUUAAGAACGUCAAAUAUCCUGGAAUUAAAUUGCUUUCGAAAGGAAAAGAGUUUUUCCGUUCAAAGGUUGACAUAGAGGUUCCAAAAGCAUCAAAGCAAGCAAUCAAGGCUAUAGAGAAAGCUGGAGGAUCCAUUCGCUGCAUUUAUGUCAACAAGAAGAGUCUUCAUGCCAUGUUGAAUUUCGAGAGAUAUGUGAACAACAAGGGCCAUUUACUCUCAGAAGAGGAGCUCAAGAAUCCACAUAUCAUUUAUCACAAAUAUAUGGGUAUGCCCCCACCAAAGCUUUUGAGUUACUACAUGAACGAAGAAAAUAGAGGAUAUUUGGCAGAAUUUACAAAGGCUUCAAGCUUUGAAUUUUAUAAUGAUGAACAAAAACAAUAA